AUGAGAAAUGGCAAGAAUAAGAUAAAAAGGGGAGGGAGAAAUGAAUGUGGAGGUGGGGGCCAUGAGAGGGUUGGUAGUGUAACUGGAACAUUACCAUGUGCAGGUUUUGAUCCCUGUUUAGUUAACAUUCACAAUGGCAAUGGCAGCACUGUAACUUCUCUUCUACUAUUUAUCUUCAACUUUUGCGUCUCAAGCGUCUUCGGUGACUACGGUGGAGGAUGGCAAGGUGGCCAUGCUACGUUCUACGGCAGCGGUGAUGCAUCCGGCACAAUGGGAGGUGCUUGUGGAUACGGCAACUUGUAUAGCCAAGGGUAUGGGACCAACACCGCAGCACUCAGCACAGCCUUGUUCAACAAUGGGUUGAGCUGCGGUUCGAGCUAUGAAAUGAGGUGUGACAAUGACCCUAAAUGGUGCCUGCCCGGUUCCAUUAUCGUCACCGCAACCAACUUCUGCCCCCCUAACUUGGCAUUGUCCAACGACAAAGGUGGGUGGUGCAAUCCUCCCCUCCAACACUUCGACAUGGCCGAGCCCUGCCUUCUUGCAAAUCGCUCAAUACCGCGCCGGAAUCGUUCCGAUUUCAUUCAGAAGGUAAGCAUCCUCGGUGUGAAGAAAGGAGGAAUCAGGUUUACAGUCAACGGCCACUCUUACUUCAACUUGGUGUUGAUCACAAACGUUGGAGGUGCAGGAGAUGUCCAUUCUGUGUCGAUCAAGGGCUCCAAGACAGGAUGGCAAUCAAUGUCAAGAAACUGGGGCCAAAACUGGCAGAGCAACUCUUACCUGAAUGGACAAAGCUUGUCUUUCCAAGUCACAACUAGUGACGGAAGGACCGUCACCAGCUACAACGUGACACCUGGGAAUUGGCAGUUUGGACAAACAUUUGAAGGUGGCCAGUUCUAGAGUAGUUACUGGAAAUUGCAAUAGCCAUGGUUGGAGACAGGGGAAGGUAUUUGAGAAACCCUAAACCCAAAUGGU